AUGGAACACUCAAUAGACCACAAUGCUUUGCGUCCGAAUAACGGAACGCCUCUGGGCAUGCGCGUGUUGGGUUGUUGUCACUGGUGGUUAUGGAGAUCUAAUGGGGCUCUGGCGAGCUGUCAUCGAGUUAGUGAUGUGCCUGUAUCCACGUGGGGGAUGCCGAGGAAGAUAGGUUUCGUUGUGCUCAGCUCUUCUGGUCACGAAGGCGACUUCAGGGCCGAGGAGCUGAUGGUCCACGCCCCCACCGUCCACGGCUGGCGCUCAGCAAGGUUCUGCUCCUACCCCCAGCAGAUCACCCUCCAGCUGAUGGAACGCAGCCGGGUGCGGAAGCUCCAGCUGCUGGCCCACCAGUACCUCAUCUCCGCCAAGGUGGAGUUCCACAUCGGGGACUCGCUCCCGGACCCGGCCCAGCACACGGGACCCCCCUGCCCGCUGCACAGGCUGGGGUACGUCUCUCUGUCGGACAACGAGAAGACGGGCUACAAGGCCCGCGAGCUCAAGUCCGUCCACGUGGACGCCAUCGGGACCUACCUGAGGGUGACCCUCCACCGUAACCACGCCAACCGCUACAACUACUACAGCCAGGUUGCUCUGGUUGCCAUUAAUGUUCUGGGAGACUCUUUGGAUGCCAAUGCUUUCAACACAAUUCCCAGCAGAGAGCAGCUUAUUGAGCACUACCUCACAGCACCCCAGCUGGACAGUGCCCUGGAUGGGACACACACAGGUAAGUGUGAGUCCAUCUCGCCGCUCGACGACCUGGCGUUCGACAUGUACCAGGACCAGGUGGCCCACAUCAUCCGCCUGCUGGACCAGAGGAAGCAGGACGCGGCCCGCCAGGAGAGAUUCGAGCUGGCCCGGGCCCUCAAGCAGGCCAUAGCGGACCUGCAGAAGGUGGGGGAGCGGCUGGGUCGCUAUGACGUGGAGAAGCGCAGCGCCUUGGAGAAGGAGGACUAUGAGCUGGCGCGGAAGAGGACGGAGCAGAUGGAGGAGUACCGGGGCAAGGUGUACCACCAGCUCCAGGUCCACGACCUGCUAGACAUGGCCGCCAUGCAGACCCUGUCGUCGACAGAGCUGUCCCCAUCUCAGGGGUCUCCCUCGCAGCCGGCGCCCCCUAGAGGCCGGGAGGGGGACCAGCCGGACCACCACCCUGCAGCCCAACCCAGGGGCCCACUGGGGGGUCCACCACCCCGCCCGAGGGGGUCUCCAAGCCUCCGCCGUCUGACUCAGUCCCCCAAGAAGGCGAAGAAGGCUCCCCCUCGCCGCGGAGGGUCGGAGCGGGCCACGCCCGGGCCCGACCCCAGGAGUGUCAGCCUGGCGUCCCAGGACCUGGACCAGGACCCGCCCGGGAGGGCGGGUUCAGGACCACACUCGGACGUGCCCAGAAUAGACGUCCCCAGCGUGCCUCACGAGGACAGACCCCUCCCUGCCCUGUGGCGCACCAGCGGACCGGCGGAAGUCCUGCCCCCCCGCCCGGCGGCGGAGAGCUCCCCCGGGCCCUCCCGCUCCCCCGGGCCCUCCCGCGCCAGCCCCACUCUCCCUGGGGGGACGUCCGAGGCGGAGCCCCUGUCUGAGCAGGCCCAGCGGGAGGCCGGCCUGCUGGAGGUUUUCGGAGAGGGCCUGAACAAAGAAAAUAGAAAUAUGUCGUUCUUAUGGAGAAAAAGCAACCAGACUGAAGCGCCCCCCAUCUGUGUGUCUGCCCUCCAGGACAUGGCCCAGUGGAAGGAGGUGCGGGCCCUGCAGGUGGUCCCCGCCGAGCUCAGCAGGCCCCUGAAGGCCAGUUCCCCCCGCGCGGCGGGCCCUGGGCCGCACAGAGUCCUGGAGAAGGCCCUGGCCCAGCUGGGCACGGAGCGCUCUGGCUUCGCCCCGGCGACGUUCUGCCGCGCGGCGCUGGAGCACGGGGCGGCGGAGGUCCGGGAGGCGGCGGUGCGCGUGGUGCUCUCCGUGUACCGGACCCACCCGGCGCCCGUGCUGCAGGCCCUGCCCACCGGGGACGCCGCCGCCCGCCGCAGCGUCCUCUACAAGAGGCUCUUCGACGCCUUCGCCCGCCUGGACGGAGGGGCGCCCGGAGGACCCCCCGGGAAAGUGCCCUCUGUGUUCACCAAGUGCUCGCCUGCCUGCCAGGGAACGCUUGCGUGUCGUUCCCUGGGCACUGCUUGUCAGCUUAGAAAACAAACGGCAGCUGGAUGUGCCACGGAUGACGUGGCUGGGUCGGUGGUUCUUGUACAUUUGCCUCCGCCAACAGGGCCGUGCCCUCUCUCCCAGCAGGGAGACGCCGGCCCGGAGGACGGGGAGAGGGAGAGGGAGCAGAUCCGCUCCCUUCAGGAGCAGCUGGCUGCGCUGAAGGAGCUGACGGAGGAGGACUCUGCUGAGGGGCCAGCGCUUGACGUGAAGGCCCCCAGCGGUCCAAAGGGGGCCCCCAGCGGUCCCAGGGAGGCCCCGCAGGCCGGCCCCCCAACAGAGGCUGAUAAGGUGUCCCAAAAGAAGCUAUUAGCAGUUGAGCAGGCUGGUGUGGGAGACCUGGACAACCUUUGCAUCUUCUGUGGUAAGAGGGACGAGGCGUUCACGGAGGACCAGCUGGAUCUGCACUACUGGAAGCACUGUCCCAUGCUGCGGCGCUGUGAGGAGUGCAGACAGGUGGUGGAGAUUGCCAGCCUGACGGAGCACCGGCUGGGGGAGUGUGAGAGCAGGGCCCGCUUCAGCCAGUGUCCCCGCUGCUCCGAGGCCCUGCCCACCCGGGAGCUGGCCCGCCACGCCCAGGGGCCCGCCUGCAACCCUCCGGCCUCAGGCAAAGGCUCCAACCACUGCCCUCUGUGUCACAACAACUUCAUCCCCGGGGAGAAGGCCUGGAAGGCUCACCUCACGGGAAGAGAGGGCUGUAAACAGAACUCGCGGAGGGCCGUUGGAUCCCAGACGACGCAGCCAGUACAAGGUAAGGCUGUGGGAGGAGCCAGGCUGAGGCAGGCCUGGUCGGACGGGGCCAGAUCCAAGGCCGUGAGAAGGACCAGCCGGAUCCCGGCCCUGGAGCCCAGGGCCCCCAGAGCCCGGGCCAGCCAGCGGUGACCCCCAUCCGGGGCCUCCACCCAGGGGAUGAGGAGGAGUAGGGGCCACACCUCACAGUCACUAUGUCACAUUAAUGAGUAGCCAAACGCCAAGGUCAGGGGGCCGGAGUACUCACUGUUCUGAUUGGCUGCCCUCAGGUGGGGUUGGUAAAAUAAUUACUUGAAAUGUUGGUAGCUUUAUGUCCUUGAAAGUUAUUUACACAAUAUUUUAUGUAAAGUGACAUUUAGUUUGGAAGAUUCAAUCAUUGGAAGGGCCAGGCAUGGCUCCGGAACCAUAUAGAGCCCGGCUCUUAUGGGUUUAAGAGAAUCAGAGCGGAUGCACAUCAAGGAGAGGAUCUAGAUUGUCGGCGUGCUCUAUCGGUAGAGACUGCUGCUUUUUACAAUAUCCUGCUUGAAGCUUUGGAACUGUUUACAUUUUUCUACUCAUGUCUCCCUCCCCCCUCUCUCUCUCUCUCUCCCCCAUUCCCUCUUUCUCUGUCUCUCUUUCCUUUCCCUUCCUCCCUUUGUCCUUCGCUCUCACCAAAGUUUUUCCUGCUCAACCUGCUUGUUGUUCUGUGUAUCUACUCAUGCCUCAGCACUUGAAUAAGAUAAUCAUGCUUUGAGAAGCACACUGUUUUUUAUACAGAUAUACUCUGUAGUGUAUGUGAUGUGAGUUAUGUGGUUUGGCCUUCAGCUAAUGACAAUCUACAGUAUGAGAUUCUAGCACUUGUUUCGCAUCCUUAUUUCUAGUAC